AUGUUCACGGGUUCAAGGACAUAUUUACAAUUGUAUCCUAUAUGUAAAUUGUUUCUCAGUCGGUAUGCAGCUCCAUCAAGGUGCAGUUCUUCAUUCUCGAUACGCCUAAUCAAAGUACCGUUGCAAAUAUUGCGAAUGAAUAAUGGUCUUAGGCCGAAGAAUUCCAUGCUCUCUCGAAGAUAUUGUAACGACGAAUCGUUAGAGAUUAUCUUCGAUAUUGAAGACGUGGAAGAUUUUACAGAGAAGGUCAUAAACUCUUCUGUCCCAGUACUUGUAGAUUUUCAUGCAGAUUGGUGUGGGCCAUGUAAAAUGUUGGGACCUCGAAUCGAAGCCAAAGUUGUUGGUCGAGAAGGGAAUGUCAGGCUAGCAAAAGUGAAUGUUGAUUAUGCAGCAGAUGUGGCAAUGGAUUAUGAUGUGAACGCUGUACCCACUGUUGUUGCAAUGAAAUCUGGUGAAGUUGUCGCACGUUUCGAAGGCGUAAAAACUGAUGACGAAUUGGACCAAUUUAUUGACAGUGUUCUUGAUUCAGAGUAA